GUGUGUGUUUGUUUGAGUGUGUUCAAUCUCAGAGAUGGCCGACAAAAAGACCAGCAGCAGCGUCAGCUCUCGUCCUACAGUCAAGAGGAAAGAGAGAGCAGAAAAUCAAGUAAAGAAAGAAGAUAAAACUCCAAAAGAAGAAGAGAAACCAGCAGUGAAUGGAAAGAAUGUGGCCGUGGAGAACAGUGAGGCCGCGGCGGUGAGUAACGGAGCCGCAGCAAAUGGGGAAAAUGCAGAGAAACCAGAACCCAUGGAGCUGCCACCGUUUGAAACCAUCACAGGGGAUCGAAUGGACCCCUUCUUCUUCAAAUUCCAGUUCAAGAACGUCGAAUACUCCUCCGGGCGCAAUAAAACCUUCUUGUGUUAUCUGGUGGAUCAGGGUCCUGGCGCCGACGGUCUCCUCAGAGGCUACAUAGAAGACGAGCACUCGGGCGGUCACGCCGAGGAGGCGUUUUUCCAACAAAUCCUGCCUAACUACGACCCCGCACUCAAAUACACCAUAACCUGGUAUGUGUCGUCCAGUCCGUGCGCCGCCUGCGCCGACAAGCUGGUGGAGAUCCUGAAAUCUCGGAAAAACGUGCGACUGGCCAUCUUCUCCGCGCGGCUCUUUGAGUGGGAGGAGCCAGAGAUUCAGGCGGGGCUAAAGGCGCUGGUGGUCGUCGGCUGUAAACUGCGCAUGAUGAAGCCACUGGAUUUCUCUUAUACCUGGGACACGUUUGUCGAGAGCGACGAGCAGCAGUUCACACCGUGGGAGGACUGUCAGGAAAAUUACGAGUACUAUCAAGAGAAACUGGCCGAUAUUCUACAGUGAUAAAGAGAUUACAUGACAGCUGGCGAACGCUUUUCCAGCCAUGAAGAGUAUGUAUGUACGUUGUUAUGUUGGUUUAUGAAUGUAUGUGAGGACCUUAGAUACACUGUCAGCUUUGUACUUCGUUGCAUCCACAAGCUGAAAGACAUUUAAAGACAUUAUUAGUGAUUUGUAUGUAAGUGUGUGAAAUAGAAGAACCCUGUAAAAAUGACAGAUUCUUUUAAUAAUUUUAUGUUUUCUCUAUUUCUGUAAAGUUGUUUAUACAUCAUGAGGAUAGUUGAUUUUUUUUUUUUUUAAUGGGUUAGGGUUAGGUUACCCUAAUCAUACUAUUGUACUAUUCAAUAUUCAUGUAUUCUAUUCUGAUCUGUUUACCAUGUUUUGGUGCUACAUAUUUCGUAUUUCAUACAGUUUUAUAUUCUGAAUCUGUAAUGGACUUCAGAUUCACUUUAUUUAUAUAUUUAUGUUCAAGCUAGCCAGAGCAGAAAUUUAUACUGAGCACUGCCAAAUGAUCAGGAAAUUUAAUUUUGUAUUAACUCAAACUAAACUGAACAUAACUAACAGCUGUAUAUGAAAAAGAAGUAUGCGUAAGCAAUAAAUACAUUAAUAAAUAUAAUAAGUGGCAAGAGAUUCACCUUCACUGUUUUAGAAAACUAAUAAAUGCCUUUGUCUUUC